GAAGGCUUAAUAGCCGAAGCCAACAUUCACAUCGAAUGCCUGACUUUUUGCUCAAUGUAUCUCCAAGAUAUUGAGACGAAGUUUACUCGAAUGGACCGCAACAUUGAUGGUGGAGAAGCGGAGAAUAUAGAUGGAUUCAAGAUUUUCAACCAGAAAGUUCGACCCAUGGGUAUGGCUUUGAACUUGCAAUUAUCAAAUAAACUCCUUAUGGAAGCCACCUGGUACGUGCUCAACAAUUGCGAUGAGAUUGGACCCUACCUAAAGGAGCACUACGAGAAAUGUAAUGUGCAUGGUCCAAAUAAUUGUACCUAUCGAACACAUCAAACUGAGUUUCCAACUUGGUUCAAGCAACGUGUUCAGGAGCAGCGUAUCACCAACCCACUUGAUGUGACCGCUGAUCUGUAUGCGUUAGCUUAUGGUCCUGAACGUUAUGUUGCAUCCUAUGCUGCUUGCAUUAUAAAUAGCAAAAGGUUCCAUACGAAACAUCGUGAACUUCGGCUGCGUACAAAAAAUUCAGGGGUGUUGGUAACUGGUGACGAAAGUACUAAUAAUGUUGACUUCUACGGUGUUAUUAAUGAUAUCAUGGAGUUACACUACAUGGGGCGGCGUCGAGUGUACUUGUUCAUGUGUGACUCGUUUGACUUGGGGGAUCCAAGACGUGGGGUACGAGUUGAUAACCAUAUGACCAGUAUCAACAUGGGCAGGACUUGGUAUAAGGAUGAACCAUUUGUGUUGGCAUGUCAGGCGUCCCAGUGUUUUUACAUUAGAGAUAUAAAGGCCCAAGGGAGAUGGUUUGUGGUGCAGAAUUACACGAAUAGGAAUGUAUAUGACAUUCCACCAGUGCCGAGGGUGUUAGAAGAUAUUGAUGGCGAAUCAAGUGAUGAUGAUAUCUAUUAAGAAGAUGAGCCAUCAUAUACAUAUGCA